GAAAAUAACUUAUCUAAAUUACUUCACAAACCCCAAACACCGGCCUGGUCUGCUUGGUCUGCUUCGCAAGCGUUCCCGGAAGUAUCGCGAUGUUGCGCCUCUGGGUUUAGAAACUCUGUGGUUUUACUGCCACUCCGAUACCUCUCCUUUGCUCUCUCUCUCUCUCAAUAUUCCCAUCCCCCCACUUUGUGUGGAUGUCGACGUUACCAAAACGCUACUUAGAGAACCCACCGAAGUAAACCUUGGAGAAAACAGCCAGCACUGAUCAAGGGAAAACAGUGACAACACCGAACUCGGCAUAUAAUUAAAGGCAAGGUGCUCCACGAUAACAAAUUCCCUUUGACAUUUGAUUUGCAUUGCCAUUUCCUCCUCCGCUCCUACACUAGCAUUGCCCCGAGAAUGGCCGGCGGGCACCCCACCGACCAAUUCAGUUUCUUGUACCAACCAGAAAGUGCUCAGAACCUGAAGAGUAAGGGUAGACUAUCUUCCAACAUGAAUCCUGUGUACAGUCCUGUCCAGCCCGGGACACCGUACGGCAACCCUAAGAACAUAGCAUACGCAGGCUAUCCUGCAGGUUAUCCUCAGGCUCCUACCUACACACCCAACCUCUACCAGACUGGCAGCCCAGGCUAUCCCCAAGUGCUGCUGGUGAAGCAGGGCUGGCCCCAGGCCUCCGGUGCUGCAGGGGCCCUAGAGGGCUCCUAUGACCUGGCCAUGGACGCAGGCUCAGAGGGCCGCCAGUACCAGGCCUCAGCCGCAGCUUUCAGAUACACUGCUGGGACACCCUACAAGGUGCCCCCUGGCCAGUCCAAUGGGGCGCCCCCUCCGUACUCCCCAUCCCCUAACCCCUACCAGACAGCCAUGUACCCAAUCAGAAGUGCCUAUCCCCAACAGAACCUCUACGCUCAGGGUGCGUACUACACACAGCCGAUGUAUGCGGCUCAGCCUCACGUUAUCCACCACACAACAGUGGUGCAGCCCAACAGCAUCCCCUCCACCCUCUACCCUGCCCCCGUCCAACAACCCCGCUCCAACGGCCAUAUGGCCAUGGGCAUGGUAGCCGGCACAACCAUGGCCAUGUCUGCUGGUACUCUGCUGACCACGCCUCAGCAUGCCACUCAGCACAUCGGUGGGCAUCCGGUCACCCUGCCAACGUACCGGCCCCAGGGGACGCCUGGGUAUAGCUAUGUGCCUCCUCACUGGUAGACCCCACUGGACCCCAUUCAUAUCGGGAGUCAAUAUCACUCACAAUAACUCAAGUCUUACAUUGGUGCAGGAGGCCUGGCAUACAAGCACCAAGUCUGUCUGCAAGAACAAAAAACUAAAGUGCAAGGAUCACUUUAUGCAUUCUUUUGUGAUUUGGAAAAGCUGCUUUUUCAUGUUUUUAUUAUUUUUGACCAGCCUCAGUUUUUUGGGGAUUAGUUUAUUUGAUUUUUGACUCUCUCUUAUAAUCCAGACACACACUGACCAACAGUAUGGUACAUUUAUAGUACAUUUGUGCUUAUUUUGUAUGUUUGUGUGUGUGUAUUUUUGUGUUCUGAACACUGGUUCUGACGCAAAGCCAGUCCCUUCGCCGUGAGAAUGUACACGUCUUUGUAUGCUGCCAAAUUCUAAUGUUGGAGAAAAAAAAUCAUUCUUUUUCAGGCGAGUACCGGUCGUUUAUUUUCCAGUCAUUCUUGGGGGGGGGGGGGGGAGCACCGUACAAGUGUCACGCCUCAAUUUCCUUUCACCCUUUUUGAUUUGCCUUCCCAUUUGUGUUUACGUUCACACACAAUCAUCUUCCAGCACAAGAUAAUAAGGGUCGUCUUCCAGCUUGUAGCAACAGUGCAUUAACUUGGCUUCUUUAAUAUUUUACCCACUAUAUCAGUCAAGUUGGGUGCACAUUUAGUUUUUUUGCCCUAGCACUACGCAGCUGAUUCAAAUAACCAACUCAUCAUCAAGCUUUGAUUAUUUGAAUCAGCUGUGUAGUACUAGGGCAAAAAAUGAAAUGUGCACCCAGAGGGGACCCCGGAACCGACUUUGGGAAACCCUGCACAAGGAGAAAGACUAAUACCGUAAGUACCAUAAUAGUUACACACCAUGUAGAGGAUAUUUUCAGUAAGUUCAGUGGACAUAGUUAGCUUGUAAGUCUACUAGAGUAGAGUAAGAAAUUGAAAUAUCUAUACAUGACUAUAUUAUAUAUAGGUAUACUGAUGUGACAGCGAGCGCCUGUGCGCGUUUGUAGUUCUUUUGUACACAUAAAAGCUUGCCGAACAUGCAAACGCACUCGCAUUUAGGUAUUUCAGUUGGCAUGCGUAAGGUGCGCACUGACACACUUGCUCACAGAUAUACAUUACAGAUGUAUAGGACAUCGCACACAUUUUAAAAGUGUAGAUGGAAUAGGAUGUGAUGGAUAGAUGACUGGAUAGGGUCUCCCUCGUACCUUGCAGGCUAUGUUGUGAACUGAAUCCAGUUCUAGUGUCGUAUCAACAAUGGUGCAUGGAGUUUGAGGGGUGAGGCAAAUUGUCAGUAGGACCAGGGAUAGCUAAGUCAAAGGAUUCAAAAGGGAUUUUAAAGUCAAUAGCUGGCCGACACACUUAAGAACAGCAGACUUGAACGAGGGAGAAAGGAGUACAAGGGGGAAAAGGAAGAAAAUCAUCUAAAUUGUUUAGUGGUCAAGUAUCAAUACCCAUAGCCCUGUGCUGCAUGCCUCCCAUCAAUCUCACAGGCUAGAGAUAAGUGUUAUUCGCAAUAAAGAUCCCAUGUGAUGUCAUGUUUACAUGUUUAAUAGAGAUUUAGCCCCUGAUCAGUGUCAUCAGUUCCUCAGAUGACCAGGAGAGGGCAGAAGUGAGGGGUGCAGGGUCCCCUAUUCCUUACCAAUAUAGGGCUCUGGUCAAAAGUAGGGCACUAUAUAGGGAAUAGUUUUAGAAACUUGACUGACCUCAACACAGAUGUGUCCCAAGAGAAUUGUGUUCCAGAGAAUUGUCAUCUGGUCUCUAUGUGUAUGUUUCUGAGUAGUCCAUCCAAUUGAAACUAGUUCAUCAGUCUGGUGAAUGCUUUUAAACAAUGGCAGGUGGAAAAACACUUUAUUUUGGACCUAGGUCUCAUACAAUUAGUGAAAGGAAACAUUUUGUUUGCAUGUUGGUCAACCUGCUACCUUGCUAGGCCCUCCCUCCUCUGCCCUCCCUCCCUUCAGGGUAGCUAAUAGAACAGGCCCAGGACAUCAUUGUUUCCAGGGCAGACACCAUGGAAGGAAGUUAGGAUCGUGAAGGGAAUCAUGCGUAUGAGGGAAACAUUUCUGUUGAAACAGGAAAUUGGGGGGAGAAAAUUGAAUGGUUUCAUGUCCCUUUAGUCUGUGGGGCAAAAACCCUAUGACUGGGGCACUGGGUUGGGAGAGGUCCGUGUGGGACAUGUGUUGACUUCCAAAUCGAACCCUAGCCCCCAGGGUUGGGCUCAAUUCCAAUUUUAUGUAAAAUUCCAAUUAAAUUCUUUAAUUCACUAUGAAAUGGAGAAUUUGUUGAAUUCAAUUUGAAUACAAAUAUUUUUGGGGAAUUUUAUGGAAUUGUAAUUCAAUAUUUGUUAGUUGAUGGAACUAAUGCACUUAGUAUAAAAAAUGGGCUGCAGGAUUUGUGUUGAAUCAUUUCAACUUGUAAUUUUUGGGGAUAAUAUUGAAUUAUGAAUUGAAUUAUUGGAAUUGACCUAACAUUGGAAUUGAGAGGAAUUGAAUUAUCUCUGGAUUCAAUGACUGACCUGGCAUUUGAAUUGUAUUUAUUGGAAUUUACAGGGAGAGGGAAUUGAAUUAGUGGAAGUAACCCCAACACUGCUAGCCUCAACUCCCUCCCUAGUCCCUACAACUGCAGACCUGAGAAGAUUGGGAUAGGUGAACGCAAUAUGGCUGACAUUUCUACCUAGCCAAUCAGAAGGCAAGAUGAAGCUUUUACUGUAACACGUACGGUAUAUUGACCCAGUCCGCCUAGAUCCACAGGAGUGGCUAGCGAUCCAUUUGGAAUUUAUAAAUGGAGUUGGCAAGGAUAACAGGGUUCAGAUUGGGUUGAGUUCAGCUUGGGUUGUGAGGAGGAGUUCCAUACUCUGUUAUUAUGGUUCAGCACUAGCUUACUGUGUCAUGAUCACAUAUCAGUUAUCAUGUGAGUGUGUAAAAAAAAUGUAUUGCACAAACAUCUAAAAGUAAUAAUCUAUGCUAAAUAACAGGUACUUAGCUCAUCUUUUAAGAGACAUCUUACGAUUUCUUAAGAGUUAAUUUAGUUCAGUGCAUUUUGAUAGUGUACUCUUUGGUCUCAAUAAACAACUGUACAUUUAAGAUAUCUGUUGUGAAUAAUUGCUACUGCUUCUUUCAAUCUGUUACAAUUAGUUAACCACUACGUACAAUUCAAAAUGCUAUUUUAUUUGAUGCCACGUUACCUCGCCAGUAAAAAAAGAACAUAAAGGUAUCCUGCACCCAAAAUAUUACAAUUUAUAGAGUAUCAUUCACUAGUGAAUGGGGUAUAGAUGUGUGUGUUGACUGUGUGAGGAGAGUUAUCAGUGGGCAGUGUGGUAUCAGCACCUCACCUCCCGUGUAGUGUGUCCGUGUGUGUCUGUGCGUGUGAAGCAUGUAUGCAGUCCUGUGUGAAUUUCCUCCCAAAAUUGCACUGGUCAGGUUGUAGAGCUAAUGUUGCCCAACCUCCACUUUCCCCUGUCAGUAGCAUAUCACAAAGCCAAAUAGAACAAGAACAUUGAAAACAAGUCUCAAAUGUACAUUUAUUGUGCUACAUUUUGGGGGGGCAUUAGAGCAAAGAAACAAACAACCAGACAGCUUUUUUUUGAGACCAUUGACAAAUAUUGUUUUGUAGUGCUAUUCACUAGAACAUGUAAUGUGAUGCAAGAACUGAACAAGGCAUAUGACUAGUUGCACAGGCCCAAAUGUAUGUGAAUGCUAUGCUGAGUGCUAAAUAUCUGGAGGUUCAAAACCUCCAAAAUAACCAUGUGUACUACGAGUAUAACCUCUGUGUUAAAAAAAAAAAAAGGAUUAAAAGAAUGAUACAGUUUUCAUUUCUGGUAUGUAAUUUAAGAGCUUUUUACCAUAAGUGUUAUUUAAGGUUUUGUUGAUUGAUUGAUGUUUAUUAUUCUUAAAAUAGAAGAUCAUUAUGGUUGAGCUGAUGUGGGUUGUCUCUUAGGGCUUCAGGGGGCAUUUCAGAACACAAGUCUGUAGGAUGAGUGGAGCAGAUGUGGGGAGGGGCACAAUUUGGCAACCUGGUCAGAAACGACUGGCAUACAGUCCCCACUCGCUGGCCUUUCCCCUCAAACGCCCAGUGCAUUGAAACACACGAGAAAUGUUCCCAGAACCUAACUGACACCAUAAACAGAUGUUCCCUGAACAUCUAGGGAACCGAAUGUGCUAACUGGGAAUACUGUAGACUGAAAUCUAGCCUGGAGUCAAGUCCUUACACUACAAUUCAUGUUUAUUAAAAAAUGCUAAAGGGUAUGGGUCCAGAGAUUGUGGAUUGAGACAUGAGAUUUGUAAACGGGGAUCAAAGCUCCUUUUGCUACAGUAUGUUUCACCGCUGUUCACUUCAUGUUAUGUGUAACAUCCCUGCAACGUAGCAAACUCAGUCUGCAAUUUUAAGAGCUGGGAGCUGCCCUGGGUGUCUCAUUGCCUGGAGGUCGAGAAGCAAGCAGCUCCACCAAUGUUGAACAUGAAAGAGUAACAAUCCCUAUGCCUUUUCUGUUUCCUUUGGUCACGAUGAACUUCGGCCUUGUCAAACUUUUGAUUUGAACACUAAUUUCGAGAGAGAGAAGUAUACUCGUCUUCACAAAAAGAGUAUCUAUUUUUAAGACCGACUUUAUAAGAGUCAGCACCUUGAGAUUAAAACUACUUCCCAACUAAUGGCCCCCAGAGUCUUUGCUAUGUUCUGUCACUACGUUGCAGCAAUGCUGGCAGAACGUUUUAUAACAUGCGGUUGGGACGUUCUUGAAGCAAAGACCCACAUCAGACUUGUGUAUAUGAAGUGUAAAUCUGUUUUUGUUCUAAUGAGGAUCGGAUAGUGGUCCUGGUGACAAGGCAAGUUUGUAAUUGUAUAAUACUUACUGUAUGAUGUAGAACAUUCAAUAACUAUUAAAAUAUUUCCCAAAAA